CAUAUUUGAUGUAAAGCUAAAUGCAUAUCUAUUUACUCUAUAUAUCCAUGAUUACACUAAUUCUACAAAUUUGUCACAGGUAAUAGAGGAGUUGAAGAAAAUUUCAAGCAUAGGCUUCCCAAUAUUAGCAAUGGGAUUGGUGAACUAUGUCAGGAAUAUGAUCUCAGUUGUGUGCAUGGGAAGGCUUGGCAGCAUAGAGCUAGCCGGUGGUGCAUUAGCCAUUGGUUUCACCAACAUCACUGGCUACUCUGUUCUUUCAGGCUUAGCCAUGGGUAUGGAGCCACUUUGUAGCCAAGCUUUUGGUUCAGGAAACUUAACUAUAGUGUCUCUAACUCUACAGAGAACCAUUUUCAUGUUGCUUUUCACAUCCAUCCCCAUCACAUUGCUUUGGCUUAACCUCGAGCCCCUAAUGCUUUUGCUACACCAAAACCGUGAAAUAACCAAAAUCGCAAGUCUAUACUGCUUCUAUGCUAUCCCUGAUCUAGUUGCCAAUAGCUUUCUUCAGCCUCUGCGUAUAUAUUUACGCAGUAAAGGCGCUACAAGGCCAUUUAUGUGGUGUACAGUACUAGCAACAAUUCUACACCUCCCUGUCACUAUUUUCUUAACCUUCAAUCUCCAUCUCGGAGUAAAGGGAAUUGCACUUUCCAUUAUUAUCACAAACUUCGUAAGUUUAUUUUUCCUAGUAUCCUACAUGUUCUGUACAAGGUCUGCCUCUUCUCCAGCUUUGAGUAUGCCGUUACUAUCAAUAGCAAGUAACAAUGGUCCACAAGGGGAGGAUUGGGGAAUGUUACUUAGACUUGCUAUUCCAAGUUGCUUGGCCGUAUGUUUAGAAUGGUGGUGGUAUGAGCUUAUGACUCUUUCAGCUGGUUACCUGAAAAACCCUGAGGCUGCACUGGCAGCAUCAGCUAUAGUAAUACAAACAACCUCUCUUUUGUACACAUUACCUUCAGCUCUCAGUGCAUCAAUCUCAACCAGAGUUGGCAAUGAACUCGGUGCGGGCAGGCCCCGCCAGGCCUGUUUGUCAUCCAGAGUAGCUAUUGGACUUGCCCUAUUAAGCUCAACAAUGGGAUUGUUGUGGACAACUAUAGGUAGAACAUCAUGGAUCAGAGUCUUUACAAAAGAUACUGAGGUGUUUGAACUAACAAUGGCAGCCUUACCAAUCAUUGGGCUUUGCGAAAUAGCUAACUGUCCACAGACAACAUGUUGUGGGGUUCUUAGAGGAAGUGCAAGGCCUAGUGUGGGAGCUGGUAUUAAUUUCUACUCAUUUUACUUGGUGGGGGCACCAGUGGCUGUAGCUCUAGCCUUUGUGUGGAAGCUUGAAUUUUUGGGACUAUGUUAUGGACUUUUAGCUGCUCAAGUUUCAUGUGUUCUUACAAUAUUGACUGUAAUAUAUAAGACAGACUGGGAGGAAGAGUCGCUAAAAGCAAGACACUUGGUGGGAGGGCAUGAUGAAUAUUUUACAUAUCCUGAAAUAAUCAAAUCCCAACAAAGAGCAUAACAAGAUAAACUACUAGCUAGUUCAUUCAAGAGAAUGGAUCACAU